AUGGCCGGAUCGCAUAUAGUGGCUAUAUCAGCGAUUGUCUUGUCAAUUGCUUUGUUAUAUAAAUGCAUUGUGUAUCCCGUCUUCCUCUCCCCAUUGUCCAAGAUCCCCAAUGCCCACUGGACAGUUCCCAUAUCUCCUGCCUGGAUGCUCUGGAAGCGUUUUCGGAGUCAAAACAACCGGACCAUCCAGGCUGCCCAUGAAAGACUUGGGCCUAUUGUGCGGCUUUCCCCAUCAGAGAUAUCCAUCAACUGUGUUGAAGGUGGUAUCAAAACUGUUUACACAGGCGGAUUCGAAAAGCAUGAAUGGUAUCCACGAGUAUUCGGAUCACUCGGGACCGUGAGCAUGUUUACCAUGAUUGGCAGCAAGCCCCAUUCUGUUCGUAAAAGGAUGCUGUCUAAUAUCUACAGCAAGUCAUACUUGCAGUCCUCACCUCAUAUGCGUCUAAUCUCGGAGACUAUCUUGUUCGAUCGCCUCUUGCCCAUGAUCCAAGAAGCAGUCUCCUCGAAUGCGCCUAUUGAGGUCCAUGAUCUCAAUCAGGGACUCACCAUAGACUUUGUAUCAGCGUAUCUCUUUGGCUUGGCAAAUGGAACCAACUGGCUUCAAGAUGAACCUUUCCGGCACAGGAUGCUCCACUACUACCAGGGCAGGAAACCGUAUGAGUUCUACCACCAAGAAGUUCCUGGUCUUCUAUCUUGGGCUAAGUCCAUUGGUAUCCAUUUGAUACCUAGAUGGUGCGAUGAGGCCAAUGAAAUGCUUGAUGCUUGGUGUCUAGACCUCUGCGACAGAGCAGAACAAUGUUUGCAAUCAACCGACGCCAGCGUCGAGCCUGUGGCAUACAAGCAGCUCCAGCAAGCAAUGAUAAAGCAGUCCUCACAAAAGGGAAAUACAGAAGAGAGCUCGAAGCAACAGCGGCUCGACAUUGCCUGCGAAAUGUAUGACCAGCUCACUGCUGGUUUUGAAACCAGCGCAGUCGCCCUCACUUACUUGUUCUGGGAGCUUUCUCGCCACCCGGACCUGCAAGAAGAGCUGCGGAAGGAGCUCUUGACUCUAGAGCCCAAAAUUCUGUUUCCCCAACCUAGUCCGUCAAGGGGCCUGCCUCAGGCAAAAGCAGUUGAUUCAUUACCUCUCCUUGAGGCCAUAGUUACGGAAACGUUACGCCUCCAUGCUCCAAUCCCUGGAAUCCAGCCCCGUGUCACACCUUAUCCAUCCUGUACCUUGGCUGGCUACAGCGAUAUCCCUGCAAAUAUCAGAGUUAAUGCGCAGGCAUACUCGCUCCAUCGCAACCCUGAUGUGUAUCCGGAUCCUGAGACAUGGCAGCCUAAGCGGUGGCUUAAGGGUGUUAACUCGGAUUCCGACCUCGAAGAAAGAAGGCGGUGGUUCUGGGCCUUCGGGAGUGGCGGAAGGAUGUGUGUAGGAAGCAAUCUGGCCUUGCAGGAAAUCAAACUAGUAACGGCAGCCAUCUACACCAACUACAGGACGUCCAUCGUAGACGACAACGACAUUGAAGCAAUCGAUGCCUAUACGGUUAAGCCCCGCGGAGAUAAGCUGGUGUUGAAGUUUGGAGCCGCGUAG